AAACACCUCCUCCUUUCUUUUCUCUCUCUGUCUCUCUCUCUCUCCCCCUCUCUCCCUCCCCAGCUCCACCUCCGCCUUCCUCUCUUUCCCACCCCCUCCAAUUUCCCGGUUAAUCCUCUGGGUUUCCUAAUUUGCCCCUCCUCCUUCCCCUACAACCCAGGAUUCUGAGCUCAAAUUAGGUAAUUUAAUUUAAAUUACUAAUAUUAUUAUGGCGGAUUCGGACAAUGAAUCAGGAGGACACAACGCCGUCAGUGAGCUGUCUGCGAAGGAGCAAGACAGGUUUCUGCCAAUUGCAAACGUGAGCAGGAUAAUGAAAAAAGCCCUGCCUGCAAACGCGAAGAUCUCGAAAGACGCAAAGGAGACGGUUCAGGAGUGUGUGUCGGAGUUCAUCAGCUUUAUAACAGGAGAGGCCUCAGACAAGUGCCAGAGAGAGAAGCGGAAGACCAUAAACGGUGACGAUCUUUUGUGGGCCAUGACGACGCUAGGGUUCGAGGAGUACGUGGAGCCCUUGAAGAUUUACUUGCAGAAGUAUAGGGAGAUGGAAGGAGAGAAGAGUUCCAUGGGAAGACCAGCAGGGGAGAAGGAUGGUCCUGGUGGUGGGUCUGGUGGGAGUGGUGCUGCGGGAGGUGGAGGCGGGGCUAAUUCCACCGGCGGUGGAGGUGGAGGGUUUAAUGGUGGUGGGGGGCAAGGGAUGUAUGGCGGGAUGAUGAUGAUGGGUCAUCACCAUCAAGGACACGUGUACGGUGCUGGUGGGUUUCAUCAUCAAGGUAAUUCAAGGUAGGAAUUGAUGAUGAUGCAUAGCAGUAGUACAAGAAGAAAGUAAUGCGAUGGAACAUCUGAUGACAGAGUUGCUUUAAAUAGUGCUUGCUAAUUGAUGGAAAAAGAACAGAAACGAAUGUCUGUACUAGUACGAUGAUAAAAGUAUUGUUUUCACAUGUAGAGAGAGCCCGUCAUUACUUUCCCUCUUUGAUCAGUAGUACGUAGCGCUGUCAAGUUUUAGUAAUGAAAAGGGUUUUGUUUUCCUUUCGUUUUCAAUGUUAAUCAGAUCAAGAUUUUAGCGCA